AACAACGACAAAAAAAGAAAAAAGCGAAAAAAGCCGAAAAGUCGUUGAAGUAAACAAACCCGGUUUAGCGAAGUGUGAAUUUCUGUGCGUUUGUGUAUUUAUUUCAUAGAUCCAAUGGAUAGUUAUUUUAUAGAUCCGCAACGCCGGCGAGCGGUUAAAGUGUUAUUUCCUAUCCAUCCACUGACCAUCACCAGUGACUGCUUUGGAUUGCGGAAUCAGCUCAAAUACAAUGUCGUCGUGGAGAAGAUGGAUCUCGUAAAUCUGAUUCAAAUUCGUCUAACCGAAUGCAAUGAUCAGGCCAAAAUGUUCAUCGCCACCAUCGAUAACAACAUCUACGAAAAGAUUCGGCACGAACAAUCGCUUCACGUUACGUUUCAGGGAUUCAUCGACCACCUGACGAAGAUUCUCGACAAGUGUAAAAAAGAGGAACUGCACAUGAGUCUAGUCAAAGACGAUUCGGUUCAGUUGUUACAAAUUUACGAGAAGAGCUCUUUCAAGAAUCUAACGCACCUUUUUCUGCAAAUUGAACCUGCUUCGACGGAAACGAUUCUGUUUCACAUCAAUCAAUCACUGCUCUCUUUCCAAGACCAGGUGGCAAAUUCUACAGCCCAGAUGCAAAAAUACCAACAGGAGCUGAACGGACGAGACGACAGCAUCCACAGACUGCAGGGGGAAGUCCGAAUGCUUAACAACAAAUUAGUGGAACAAGAAAAUAUGAUUUUCAACCGAAACACCGAAGAAGUGAACCGACUGCAGCAAACGAUUAAACACAUCACAGAGUCGAAAGAGUUGGAAGAGAAACGAUUGAAAGCUGUAAUAUCCAGUAUGCAGGAGAAAGUUGAUCAGCAAAAUAAGGAACUGAUUUCGAAUUCCGAUCGCUUUUUGCAAGAGGCAAAACGAUUUGAAACACUGCGGGAGGAAAAUAUCAAAUUGAAAUCACAUAACGGGCAUCUUCGGGAAGAGGCAGAACGCGUCAAAACGGAACUGCAUUCGUAUCAAACCCGAGAUGGCCGCAACGAAUCUGCAAUCGUUGACCUACGGAGGCAAAUGAUUGAACUGCAGAGUAAACUCAAAAUCUCCGAGAAACAAAAGUCAGAACUGGAGGCGGAGUUAGAAGCUGAGCGAAAUAUUUGCCAGACGAAGAAAAACGCCCUGCAGCUAACGACGGAUGAAAUUGCGAACGCCAAUGUCGUAAUGUCCAACAUGCAGAAAGAAAUGCUCAAGUUGAAAAAUAAAAUCGAACUGCGAACUGAAAUUGCUAUGCGACAGGAAAAACUUAUCCAUGAGAAGGAACGGGAAUAUAACGAACUUCAAGACACGGUCAAACAGAUUCAGCAAGAACAUAUCAAAAACAGAGCAGCCAGUGAGGAAUAUGCGCAAACUGUUCGUCGGAUCAAGGAGACUUCGGACGCUAUAGAAGAGAAAUAUCGGAAAAAAAUUAAUGACAUGAUUAUCAAGGUGUCGCACAAUCAGAAUACGGAACCUGCAUCGGUGCUAAACCCCCAGUGGCCCAACCGCUAUUUGAAGCCACACAAUCGAAUCGAAUAACCGAACAUACUCUUCUCAUUAUUGUACAGUCUUUUAAAUAUAGUUAAAUUGUACCCUAAUUAAAAUAGAAACCUUA